AGACACAAGAUACAAGCAGAAAACGGCACUAAAACGUGGACGGUCGUAAUAGAGGAAUAUAUUCCAGCGCGUCUGUUUGGAUAUGAAAGGAGAUUUCAAGCGAACUCAGACAACAGAAGCGCUUCGAAUCAGCUUUUAGUGAAUCUGCAGUUUGUUGUGAAUCAGACAAUAACGGUGUUCCUUUCAGGUCCGCUAGCGGCGCGCGCACAGGAUCAGGAUCAGGAUGGAGCUGUGAGAGCUGUUAGAGCUGAACCGCAGCGGCGCUGAGACAACACGGACAUUAGAGCUGAACCCCACCGGCCUUAGACAACACGGACAUUAGAGCUGAACCCCACCGGCCUUAGACAACACGGACAUUAGAGCUGAACCCCACCGGCCUUAGACAACACGGACAUUAGAGCUGAACCCCACCGGCCUUAGACAACACGGACAUUAGAGCUGAACCCCACCGGCCCUGAGACAACACGGACAUUAGAGCUGAAUCCCACCGGCCCUGAGACAACACGGACAUUAGAGCUGAACCCCACCGGCCCUGAGACAACACGGACAACACGGACAUUAGAGCUGAACCCCACCGGCCCUGAGACAACACGGACAACACGGACAUUAGCGCUGAACCCCACCGGCCCUGAGACAACACGGACAUUAGCGCUGAACCCCACCGGCCCUGAGACAUCACAGCACCACACGGACAUGAGUUCCAGGGCCCAGAAGAACCAGUAAAGUAUGGAGUGAAUCCUUGUGGAGGAUGUGAUCUGUCUGCUGAAGCUGACACUGAACAUGGGGGACCUGAGCCAGGACACACACUGGACAAACACCUUCAUUGUUCCUCACAUCACAUCUUUUGACCUUUAUGAUUUUAACAGAGCUAAAAUCCACUCCAGCCUCAAAUGGCUGGUGUCCAAGGCUUUCGGUCCCGACAGCGUUCCGGACAAAUUGAAGGAUCCGUUUUACACAGAUCAGUACGAGCAGGAGCAUGUGAAGCCACCGGUGGUAGACCUGCUGCUCUCGGCCGAGCUGUACUGCCAUGCAGGAAGUCUGAUCCUCAAAAGCGAUGCUGCCAAGCCACUGCUGGGCCAUGAUGCUGUUAUCCAGGCUCUAGCUCAAAAAGGCUUGUAUGUGACCGUCCAUGAGAGGCUGGUCACUGAGAGAGAUCUGUCCAUGAGGCCAAUUCAGAUGAGUGCUCACCUGGCGUUGAUCGACACUUUGAUGAUGGCGUAUACGGUGGAGACUGUGAGUAUGGACAAGGUGGUAGCGUGCAUGCAGCAGUAUUCUACCGACUGUGCUGACGGAGACAUGCCCUAUGACACAGAGGAUGGCGUCAUUAGCUGGAUGAAUAAGGUAAACGAGUACUUGAAAGAGAUCAUCAUUCAGGAGCAAAGCAGGAGAGAGGCACAGAGGGCAGAACCCCUCGAGAUCCCUAAGGCUCGCUAUAGAAAGGAACAGACAUUACCUAAAACAGUACCGUGGAUCCCCCCAGUGGACAACCUGCUGAAGGACAGCACAGAUGGCUGUGCCCUCGCGGCGCUGCUGCACUUCUACUGCCCUGAUCUCAUCAAACUAGAUGACGUGUGCCUGAAAGAAAGCAUGUCGUUAGCGGACAGCUUGUACAACCUUCAGCUGGUUCAGGACUUCUGCCGUGAGCACUUGAACCACUGCUGCCACUUCAGCCUGGAGGACAUGGUCUAUGCCUCUUCUUCCAUCAAAAAUAACUACCUUGUGUUCAUGGCUGAGCUCUUCUGGUGGUUUGAAGUGGUUAAGCCAUCUUUUGUGCAGCCUCAGGUUUUGGCCGAUGAUGCUCCACCACUGAAGAAUCUGCCAUCUGUGCCCAUUUCUAAAGUCACAAAGAGAAGCUUCAUAGAAAGACCUUCCAAUCCAAACAGACAAAGUCUCCCACUUCGACAACAGCCUUUAACAUCAAACUCAGGUGAAAUUAGACGAUCAACCUCCAUGUCAUUUGUCGACAGCUUUUUGGGGACUUGGCCCAAGGAGAGGAGGUCAGGGUCUCAGGGAGUGUCCUUUGACAUCCCAUUUGAUAAGGACACCAACCCCCAAACUGCUACACAACCCAGACGUGGAAUGACGAGGUCUAUAAGCACUGAGGGAUUCGGGCACAAAGUCGCCAAGGGAAUGAAGAGAAAUCUGUCCUUCCAACCAAUCAGUGGCCAAAACAUUGAGGAAGAGGGCUGUCCAGAUAACCUUGUGGAAAUUCAACAUAGUGGUCUGAAUGGCACAGCAAAAACUAGCAUUGAGGAAGCCCUGGAAAUAAUCAAUAAUUCAGAAAAGCAACAAGAGGGCUUCAGGGUUGAGGCAGAGAAUGAAGGUUUCUUCCUUCACAUGCAGACCAAAGAAGAGCUGACCCCCAAAACGCAAGCUGAAGAAGGAGACUCUGUGUCAGAGGCCAUGUGCAUUUCAAGUGCUUCAACUACAGAGGUGGACACUGGGAUCCACGUAAAGACAGAAGACAUACAAGAGACCCUGGAUGAUGACUCAUCGCUGAGAGACUGCACAACGAGUAUGGAGUUAGAUGCAGACCAGUGCUUUGAGGCUAGAGCAAGUCACGGCCAGGAUUCCAUUGCUUCAUAUCCCAGUAGUGUUGGCACCAAGUCUCCCAUGCCUGAUACCCCCAUAGGAAUUAAGAUGACCAGCUUUGCCGAACAAAAGUUUAAAAAACUCAAUCCAAAUACAGAGUCCAAAGGUGACAUCUCUCAGGGGACAACACCAGACAGUUCAGACCUCAACCUUUCACACUCAGUUUCCUGGGCCCCCUCACCAGAGACAAGCCCUGCCCACCAGCCACAGAGGGAUCCAGCACAGGCCAUGGCUGCGGAAAUGGUGCAGCUUCGCAUGCGGCUGGAAGAGAAGCGUCGAGCCAUAGAAGCUCAGAAGAAAAAGGUAGAAGCUGCCUUCACCCGUCACAGACAAAAGAUGGGACACAGUGCUUUUCUCACAGUGGUCAAAAGGAAGAAUGACAGUGCCUCACAAAUACAGGAAUACACCACAUGCUCAGACAGUACCAAGACACUAAAUGAUGCUGUAAAAUCUCCAGAAAAGUCUCCUGUCAAGUCCCUUGGGGAGGAGAGCACGUCUGAGGCAGACCUAGUAGAGUACACGCGUUCUAUCAACAAGUUGAACAAUUCUCUAAGCUUUUUGCAGGCAGAGAUGCAGCGGCUAGCCCAGCAGCAGGAGAUCAUCAUGCAAAUGCGGGAACAGCAGUCCUGGGUUGUGUGUCCAGCACAGCCUUCGCCCCAAAAACAGGUACAGGAGCUUCGAGGAAGCGGGACUCGAUCCUCAGGUUCCCCUUCACCGGCUGACUCCCCACUUGUCACCCAUCGCUCCCCAGUCAAUAUCAAGAGGAAGUCAGCUUCCUUCCAUUCGAAAACCACGCGAACACCCAGGCCUACUGAGCUGAAGCUCACUCCCUUCAACCGAGUUCUCACUGUACCCCAGUCUGUGGACAGCAUACCCCGUCUGCGCAGAUUUUCACCCUCUCAGUCUGUAUCCAGCUCCUUUGCAUACAUGGGAACUGACACAAAACCAAGCAAAAAUAAUGUGCAAGCUGAACCCUUGUGUGCAGAAGGUAGUGCUUCUGAUCUCACUUUACCUGCCAAUGAUACACAACAACUUAAUGCUGAAACAGACAGCGUAAAAUCAAUAAACAAGUUCUCAGAGAACAGUGUGGAGGAAAAUGAAGAGAUGGAGGCUGACGGAAAAGAAUCAAAAGGAGAAAUUAAGCCCACAGUGGAAGCCAGUGUUUCUGAGGUGUUGUCCCAUGCUGUAAAAGAAACAUUCACAGUAACAGCUACUGAGAAGCCAACAGAUUUAUUUACUCAAAACAACAAAAACUUGAUCGAAGUGCCACUAUCAAUCCUAAAGCCUCUAGAUGGACAGGAGUUGGAAGAAGGUGGAGAGCGAUUGACAACAGGAGAGAACCUGGAUGAUGACCAGAAGAUGUGCUGUGGAUUCUUCUUUAAGGAUGACAUGAAGGGGGAGAACAGCAUGGCACUGAAGCGAGCUGCCCUGCUGGAGAAGAGGCAGAGGAGGGAGUGGGAGAAUCAGCAGAGGAAGCAGCAGCUUGAGGCUGAGAUAGAACAGAAGAAAGAGGAGGCUAGAUUAAAGGCAGAGGAAGAUCGGAUGAAGAAGGAGGAGGACAAAGCCAGACGGGAGUUCAUCAAGCAAGAGUACCUAAGGAGAAAGCAGCUCAAGCUCAUGGAGGACAUGGACAUGCUGGUAAAAUCUCGGCCAGCCACGGCUAAGCAAAGGAAAACAAGGCCUAAAUCCAUUCACAGGGAUGUGAUUGUGUCACCCAAGACCCCUUUUAGGGCAACUGCAGGUUCACGACCUCAUGUUUUUUCAGUGUCCAGUAUCUCUUUGGCCUCUCUUAAUCUGGGAGACAAUGACAGCGUCAGCUCAGAGAAACAAACCCCCAGAAGCAAUAGCUUAGCAUCGGGCAGCAUAUACGGCUUCUUGAGCUCUCCUCGUGUAAGAAGGAGAAGUAGGCCUGAUUCAGCUGAUAGCUUCCUGUCUCCUUCUCGGUCUGGGAGCCAUAAUGAAGAAAAAGACUGGGAAAAUGCUUCCACCACCUCCUCUAUCACUUCAACCACUGAAUACACAGGUCCUAAAUUGUACAAAGAGCCCAGUGCCAAGUCGAAUAAGCAUAUAAUUCAGAACGCUUUGGCUCAUUGUUGUCUGGCUGGGAAAGUCAAUGAAGGUCAGAAGAACAAGAUCCUGGAGGAGAUGGAAAAAUCUCAGGCCAACAACUUCCUAAUCCUGUUCCGUGAUUCGGUCUGCCAGUUCCGUGCUGUGUACACGUACUGCCCCGACACGGAGCACAUGAACAAGUUGGCUGGAAUUGGGCCCAAGAGCAUCACACGCAAGAUGAUCGACGGUCUGUUCAAGUACAAUUCUGAUCGGAAACAGUUUAGCCAAAUCCCAGCUAAGACCAUGUCUGCCAGUGUAGAUGCCAUAACCAUCCACGGUCACUUGUGGCAGACCAAGAAACCAGGAACACCGAAGAAAGUAGCACCCAACAGGUCCUAAUGUAUAUCAGCUCUCUCUAGUGAAUCUCAGCAAUGCGCUCUUUCUUACCUAUAAACUUCAACCUGCACUGCGCAGCUUUCUGCAUCUUUGUCAUGGAACACAACUCACACUACAACUAAGCAUAUGCACAACUGGAUUGUAAAGCAGGACGGGCUUGUCAGUGGAUCCUGUAUUUAGAACCCGAGCAUUGCAGUUCUGUUAAAGCUUGUGUUUGUGGCUGCGUGGGAGAAUGUGUGUAACUUUUGUAUGUGGCAAGAAAAAGAUAAAUAAGGAAAUGAUGUAAUAUGACUGCUUUUGGUACACUGAAGCACUGAAUGUUAUUUGUCUGUAUAAAGAGAAAUGUUGCAUAUGGUUUCAAGUUCUUCGAUUACUUUUUGUUUUAUAGUAUGUAAUGAAGUGAUCUUAUGAAAGAUACUUACCAUUAAAGUGUUUUUGUUUAUUUUUAAAGAGCUGGUCACCAGUGGACCUUGUCUUCGGGAGCAAUGCGGUAUUAAAUGAAUGUGGUAUUAAAUAGCAUAUUUUUGCUUGCAUUUGUCACAUUGAGGUUUUUUUUAAGCAGCUUCGGUUCACAGCAGGAUUGUGAAUUCUUACAGUGUUUUAUUGUUUGUUAUUUCUUCUGUAUAAUCUUACAGAUCAGGAAAUUGUUUUAAAUUCAAAGCCAUGGUCUGUUUACUGUCUGUUUAAGGAUAUAUUGCUACGGUUUAGAACACAAACUCCUGUUGCAUAAUUAUGUGCUUGUAGGUUGCUAAAAUGAAGUUAGAGGAUAUUUGAUAAUGCCAUAAUGAAUAAUGUAUCAGUGAUAUUUCUCUUGUCAGCUUCACAGUUAAAAUUAAUAUAUAUUGACAGGUUUUAUUGUAUUACUAGUUAUUCUUGUUUGUCUCAUUUGUGAUAGAUGAUUAUAUUUCACCAAGUCUGCAACAUUCAGUAUGAUUUCCAGUGUAAAGUUCCCUUUGUAUAAGUGGGGACAGUAUUGUCUUUCAUGGCUUAAAUUUAGCAAAACUGUCAGAAUGCAAUGUGCCAAACUACAUUUUCUAUUGCUAAUGAAUGAUUUAGACUAAAAACUGAUGUUUUUAUUAAUAAUUUAUGUCAUUUUUAUUUGGCUUGGGGUAGGAUUAGUUUAUCUGGUUGAUGUUUAAGGUAUUUCAGUGUGAUGCAGAAGCACAGUGCCAGUUGAAUAUUGAUGUUAAUGGGUCAAGGUUUACUUAAUUUGAUAUGAACAUUCUUUGAAUUACUUUUUGUCGUCUUAAUUUCUUCCUUUUUUUUCCUUCCUUAUUCCAUAGCCAAUGCCUUUCCACAAUCCUCAACACACUCCUAUUAAUAAAAGUAGUAAAUUACUGAAGGUUAUGCAGUGGAAUGUACAGGCAUGAUGUAUUGUAUUUGGGGACAACACACCUUUUUAAAGCAGUUGUAUUAAAAUUAUUUAUUAUUAAAAAAACUGGCUGUGUAUUUGUAAAUACGCACAAUUUGCAUAUUGUAUUAUGUGUUUUGAGCUCAUCUGCCCAUUUUAAUCAAGAUUUUUUUUUUCUAGACACUACUGUUGAUUGUCAAAUAGUCAAACACA